AUGGGGUUGUCUUUCACCAAGCUUUUUAGCCGGCUCUUUGCCAAAAAAGAGAUGCGUAUUCUCAUGGUAGGUCUCGACGCUGCUGGUAAGACUACCAUAUUGUACAAGCUCAAGCUGGGAGAGAUUGUGACAACCAUUCCCACUAUUGGAUUUAAUGUGGAGACUGUGGAAUAUAAAAACAUUAGCUUUACUGUAUGGGAUGUGGGUGGCCAAGACAAGAUUCGUCCUUUAUGGAGACACUACUUCCAAAACACACAGGGACUUAUCUUUGUUGUGGAUAGCAAUGAUCGUGACCGUGUUGUUGAGGCUAGAGAUGAGCUCCACCGGAUGCUGAAUGAGGAUGAGUUGAGAGAUGCAGUUCUCCUUGUAUUUGCCAACAAACAAGAUCUUCCAAAUGCUAUGAAUGCCGCAGAAAUCACAGACAAGCUUGGUCUUCAUUCUCUUCGCCAACGCCACUGGUAUAUCCAGAGCACAUGUGCCACCUCUGGGGAAGGACUCUAUGAAGGACUGGACUGGCUUUCCAACAAUAUAGCUAACAAGGUAGAGCAUAAAUUCUUCAUCUCUUGCUUUCGAUGCUUGAUCUGUAUACUGUGGUUGAUUUCUGUUUACUUUUGUGGAUCAGGCUUAGGGACAUUUUUGGGAACGCUGCUAUCUUGCUCGGCUUUACGAUUAUAUUAUGAAGUUGAUCGGUUGAUGUUCUCCUAA